UUGUUAAACAACAUUGAUUGCAGUGGGCUAGAACCGGUUGCAGCAUCAUGUCAGAUGGUUGGACAGAUAGAAGGAACCGAACUCUCAUUAACUUCCUUGUCUCUUGUGAGAUUGGCACUGUUUUUUUGAAAUCUGUGGAUGCAUCUAAUAUGAUGAAAUCCACAAAUGCAUUGUUUGAGAUGUAUGACGUGGUAGUUACGGAUGUAGGGCCACAAAAUGUGGUUCAAUUUAUCACAGACAAUGUUGCUGCUUGUGUUGCUGCAGGGAGACUUCUGACAGAUAAAUAUCCUUCCAUGUUUUUUACACCAUGUGCAGCACAUUGCCUUGAUCUAACCCUAGAGGACAUUGGCAAAAUUGAAUGGGUUAAGGUUGCAUUUCAGAAAACUCACAAGGUUACCAAAUUUGUUUAUAAUCACACAAGGGUUUUGGCUAUAAUGCGCUCUUUCACAAGAGGCAAGGAGCUAGUUCGACCAGGAGUGACAAGAUUUGCAACAUAUUUCCUUGCAUUACAAACAUUAUGUGAACAAAAAGGUAAUUUGAGGCGAAUGUUUGUUUCAGCUGAGUGGAUGGAGUCUGGUUUCACAAGUCAAGCAAAUGGCAUAGCAGUGGCAGAGUAUAUGUAUUCUACCACAUUUUGGGAAUCUAUUGAACAAAUUGUAGAAUUUUCAGAGCCUUUAGUAAAAGUCUUGAGACUAGUGGAUGGAGAUAAACCCCCCAUGGGAUAUGUGUAUGAGGCCAUGGAUAGGGCCAAGGAGGUGAUAAGGAGUAAGAUGGAAAAUAACAGAGAUAAGUAUAUGCCGUUGUGGGACAUAAUUGAUAGGAGAUGGGAUGGACAAAUGCACACUCCUCUCCAUGCUGCAGGAUAUUUUCUCAAUCCUCUGUUAUUCUAUAAGACUGACUUCCUGGAAAUUGAUGCUGAGAUCAAACAAGGCUUCUUCAAGUGCAUGGAAAAAAUGUUUCCUGACUUGGAAAAAUUUGAUGCGGCUACGAUAGAGCUGGAAAUGUACAAGCAUGCUAAGGGCUUUCUCUCUUCUAGGGCUGCUAUACAAAGCAGAAAGACAAUUCAACCAGCUGCAUGGUGGGCUUCUUUUGGAGAUGAAAUACCAAAUUUAAGGUGGAUGGCGGUGCGUAUUUUGAGCCAACCAUGUAGCUCAUCAGCUUGUGAGCGUAAUUGGAGUGUGUUUGAACACAUACAUUCUAAGAAACGCAACCGCCUAUCACAACAACGACUAAAUGACUUGGUAUUUGUUCAUCACAACCUCCGCUUGAAGAUAAGGAAAGCUCAAGGAACUAUUGAGGAAUGCUUGCCAAUUGACCUCGAUGAGAUAUAUCCAGAGUGCGAGUUGAUUGCUGCUGAUGAUGCUGAUAAUGAUGAUGAUGAUGUUGAUGAUGAUUAUGUUGUUGCUGAUCGUCCGCUUGUGUCUGAAGAUUUUGAUAUCAUGAGGCAAGCCAACUUUCGUCCUGAAUGGGUUGAAGGAAUUAGGACAGGCUCUUACCCAGGAGCUUCAUCAUCAGGGCCUCCUACUCUCUAGCAUGUCAUUGCCUACAUUUGAGAUUUUGGAAUUUUGUACUUAGUUUACAGGUUGACUUUGUUCAAAGUCACAAACUAUAUUGUAAUUGACAUUUUGACAUCUAUCACCAUCUAGAUAUUAUUUAUGGUGUAGUAUAUUUUGUGGAACGUAAUCAGUGAUAUGAAUAUAAACAACAAAAAUCUAUUUCCUGCAAUUCAUGUUUUCAAGUGUCUAUUUUAUUUGCCUACAAUAUCUCUAUGCUAUGGAAAUACCCUAAAAUAUAUAAAAAAAGUAGUUUUUGAUUGUUUUUCUGCAAUUUUUUACGUUUUUUUGUAUAUCCGAUUUUUUCC